CUUAACCGUGGUCCCGGAUCGACGUGUCUUGAUUAAUUAGUGAUUAUUUUUUUGUUUUUCGCUUUGGAUAUUACUUAAGCUUUCGAAAUGGAUCCGAUAUUGGCACUGGAAGUCUCAGGAGUGUCGCGUCUGCGUGCCAUCAACGACGCCACGUCGCGCGGGGACUCCGUGGUGCAGAAGGCCUACGCGGGGGGCGUAGCCUUUGUCACCGGGGCUUCAGGCUUCCUGGGCAAACAUCUCGUCGAGAAACUGUUAAGGUCAACGGACAUUAAGAAGAUUUACAUGUUAGUGAGACCGAAGAAGGGGAAGUCGGUUCAGGAGCGCCUCAACGACAUACUAUCAGACCCGGUCUUCGACACCGUCCGCAAGCAGUCACCAUUCUCUGAGAAGCUGGUUGCAGUCGCUGGUGACAUUAACGACGUCAGACUUGGUAUCACUGAUCAGGACUGGACUCUGCUGGCUAGAGAGGUGAAUUUCAUUUUCCACGGAGCAGCGACCACGCGGUUUGACGAACCGCUCGCUGUUGCAGCCAUCACCAACGUCAGAGGGACUCGAGAGGUACUCACCCUCGGGAGGAGUUGCAAGAACCUCAGAUCUUUAGUCCACAUCUCAACAGCAUUCUCCCACGCGCGGAUCAGUAUGAAACAGAAGAACGUUAUGGAACAGUUCUACGAAGUUCCGAUAACUGCGCAGGAGUUGAUCGAUAUGGCCGAGAGCGGGGUGACGGACGACGCCGCUACGAAGUUGAUGCAGGACUGGCCUAAUACCUAUUGCUUCACGAAGGCCGUAGCUGAGGAUGCUGUCAGGACCAUGUCGGAUGGCCUGCCAGUGUGCAUUGUCAGGCCUUCUAUUGUAAUCGGCGCAUACCGUGAGCCUGCUCCUGGGUGGGUGGACAUGAGUUGCGCAUACGGCCCUGCUGGGGUGAUGUUGGGCGUAGGUUUAGGGCUCGUCCACGCAGUGCUAGCAGACAGGUCGGUGAAGAUCGACAUAGUACCGGUGGAUGCUGUCAACAAUGCUGUGCUGGCGGCUGGCUGCGUGACCGCUGGCCUCCCCGCGGACACCAGCGACAUCAGGAUAUACACUGUCACGAGCUCCAGGAACCCUGUCACUUGGGGCUCGUGCGGCGACGUCCAUCGCACGGAAAGCAGGAAGAUAUCCACCCCGAAGGCGGUAUGGUACUGCUAUGCCGUGGACACCAGCAACAAAUUCCUCUUUUGGCUUCUGUUUUGGCUUCUGCACUACAUACCUGCAUACUUCGUUGACGCUGUGUGUUGGCUUAUUGGGAAGGAGCGCAGAUUCGUCAAGCUCUACACAAAGGCAUAUAAACUAUUUACACUGACAUCAUUCUUCACAACGAACUAUUGGCAGUUUAGCGACAAAAACCUUAAGCAUUUGUUAGACAAUUUAAAUGAGACGGACAAACAGAUAUACAAUUUCGAUGUUACUUGUAUUGACUGGAAGGAGCUCAUGCUGAUCUGGUGCAUGGGGCUGAGGAAGUACAUCGUCAAGGAUGGGUUGGCUGAUACGGACUACGCAGUCAAGAAGCAAUUCUGGUUGAGCAUAGCCAACGCGAUAGUUCUAUGUCUGUAUGCCUACAUGUGGUAUAAGUUAUUUACUGUUAUUUAUAGUGGUGUCAUGUUUGUAGGUAGCUUAGUUUAAUUUUAAAGGAAUUUAUGGUGCUAAUUCCAGUACGCACCAUUUAAUUUUAUUUUGAGUUAUACCCGUCAUUUUCUUAUCCGCCGGAAAGGAAAGGGACGGGUAAUCGGCAGGCAUAAAAUUUACGAAACACACGUCAAUUUUAGGCACAAAUCUAAACCAAAAAAUUUGCCAAUAACCCGACAGAAUUAAGUUUGCUAUUUGACUCGCCCGGGUUAUGCGUUCAUUCACUCAGGUGCUAAUUCCUGCAAACGCCAUCUAAAUUUAUUUUAAGUUAAACCUGUCAUUUUCUUUAUCAGUUGGAAAAGAAAGGGACGGGUAAUCGACAGGCAUAAAAUUUUAAGCAGAAAUCUAAAACAACCGUCUAAAAUUUUUACAUCAGCCAAUAAACCGACAGAGUUAAGUAGACAGCACGUCAAACGGAUUACAAUACCAGCGAUCUCGCCUAUUUUAUUCGCUCGGGUUAUUCAUUCGUUUUAAAAUUAACUUGUUGACUCCGAAUCAUCCGUCCCUUUCCUUUUCGGCGGGCGGAUAAAUGACAGGUAUAACUUAAAAUAAAAUUAGGAGGUGUGUACUGGAAUUAGCAGCAUUAUUAUUACAUAUUAAUGUGAUUUCAAGGUUAUUGCACUUGGUUUAAGAAUAAUUUUCUUUUGUCCUUGAAAGUAUUGCACAUAGAAUAGACCACGUAAGUAUAAUAUAUUACAUAGUAUACUUAUAACACAUAAGCUCACGACUAUAUCCCAAUUGGGGUAGUCAGAGGUACAUCCAUCGCAAGAGGAACUAAGUACCCGCACCUCGCCGAGCUUUCUGUUAGUUCAACGUGAUAGGUGAGCCGUAUCGCCGUCUAUAAUCGAGCCAACUGUGUUAGUGAAAACUACACUUGAGAUAAAUUAAUAACUCAUUGGCGCAAGUCCGGUACCGGGUUUCGAACCGGCGCUUCCUGUUUGAGAAGCAAGCCAGUGUACCACAUUGACUGUAUACGGUCACGAGCAUUAAUAUGUAAUACACUUUGGUACCAUGUCACAUUAACUUUUUUGACAAAUUGAACUGUAAGUCUCACUAAAUGUCAAAUAUGUUAGUGCGACAGGGUCCUAAAGUGGGUACAUUAUAUUGCUCAUGACUGUACAUAACAUAAACAGCCUAUAUACGUCCCACUGCUGGACACAGGCCUCCCCUCAUUCAACCGGAGGGGGUAUGGAGCAUACUCCACCACGCUGCUUCAAUGCGGGUAUAUUAUAUAUUUUUGUAUAUAAUUUAUAAAAAAUAGUACUUAUUACAUACAUACAUAAACUCACGCCCGUAGUCCCUAAUGGGGUGGGCAGAGCCACAAGUAAUCAAAGACAACUUGCAGGCACUGUUGAUACGAUGUCGUAAGCUGGAUAUGAUGAACCUUAUGGUGAUAAGGGAUCAGCCUAUCGCCCAUAACAUUAGUCCAGUUAGAGGACACAAUCCCUCUGUCUCGGUUAGUACUUUUGGCGGCGAGAUCAUAAAUGCAAGCACCACUAAUGGUGGUCAGUAUCUUGAAGAAUCCAACAUGGCAUGUGCUAUUGUUGCUGUGAUAAGUGCAACAAAAAAAGUGAGUAAUAAAGAUUUGAGGUUCUCAAUGAUAACCAAAACAAUCAAACAAUAUGCUGCAAAACAUAAAAUAUAUAAUUCAAAUGAAUUUAACAUUU